GUCAAAUGGCCAUACCCGCGCUCAGCUGGCUCCCGGCAAUCUGACAUGCUGUUGGAGAGACUGCCCUAGCCAGCUCAUGCGACCCUGAACUAUGACGAAACCGUUGUUUUGAAACGUACUUAAGUACUGUGCCGCUCAGGUAGGCAGGGCUGGCAGGUAGGGUCCUCCACGGCGGCCCCAGGCUGGCCAUCCUCGAGGCCCUCGAGGCCCUCGAGUGGACCCCCUCCCCAUCCCAUUUUGGUAUCUGUGCAACUGUGGUGGCCGCCGCAAUACGCGAUGCAGCCGCUGCACAUGCCGACCUAGCAGCCCUAGUUGCGCAGUACCUAGGUACCUGUAGGUGGCCUUGGCCCCACGGGUGUGGCGGCUCAAGCCUUCCAGUGCUUCGGGUCGCCAGAUCUGGGGCGCCGAGCUUUCGAGGCUCUGCUGUUUCUUUCUGGCUCGGACAUACUAGGUAGCGAUUAACGUUUCUUGAGCCCCGGACGAACCACGAGGGGCACCCAUUUUCCCAGGCACCUCAGAGGGCAUUUCUCCAUGUGGCAUGACCUGGCAAUGGUUUCUCCUACCCUUUGCUGGGUAUGGCCUGCCUCUGCCGGCUCCAGGGCCAUCGACAAUGCGCAGCCCCUGAAUCCUUGAGCCUCUGCUCCUGAGCUAAGCCUGUCAGGCUGGGUGGGCUGGGUUGUUACUCCUCGCUUGUCAAUACUGUGUAUACAAUGCAUCGAAUGCUUGUUCGCGGUACCGGACCGUGGGGACCUCUGUGCGGCCGUGGUAGAGCCACUGCUGGAGCCGACCAUUUCCUUCGCCCGCCAAGUCUGAGGGGAGGGGGCGGGACGGCCCUGGCUCUACGUCACCGGCAGCAUCUCCCGGAAGCAAUUGGCCCUGACUUCCAAGGUUGUCAUGAGCCCAAUACAGGCCAACACAGGCCAAUACACACCAAUAGAUACAGUGCGCCUGGGCAGAUACCAUGAUGAACAUAACACCCAGAGUUCUGGCACGGGCACCCGUGCGACCGUCCCCCUCGGCCUUGCCCAAGGCAGCUCAUUUUCCAAAUCUCAAGGCAGCCUCGACGCUCUCUCAACGUGCCUGCUUCUCAUCCACGACCACCCAACGGCAAUCCGAAAAUCGAGUCUACUCGUCCGUCCGCAAUGAAGACCAGUUCAGGACCUACCUCGCCGCCUCUUCCAGCUCCCGCAGGCCCCUCCUGACGUUGUGGACAACUUCCUGGUGCUCAACGUGCCAUCAGGUUUCGCCACUGAUCAAGUCUCUUGUGGAUGCGGGCGUGGGCGAGGCCGAGGGUGGCGUCACGUACUGCGAGAUUGAGUUCGACGCGCCUGAUGUAAUGAGUGCCGGGCUGGGCCUCACCUAUAUGAUCAGUUCAGUGCCCACCCUCCUCAGCUUCGACGCCGGUGAAGCCCAGGUUGAGACCAAGGUCGCCGACGGCAAUCGCUUGAAGGACCGGACAUUCCUCGAGGAAUGGAUCAGAACUGAGGCCAGACGUCAUGGUGGGAGGGGUGGCGGCAGCGGUGGCGGAGGAGGAGGGUCACUCUUUGGCGGGCUCUUUGGGAGCCUCAAGUACUGAGUUUAGGGCGCAAACCCGGCCCCUGACUGCGAAUAGUCAUGUUGUGUUGCCAUGAGGGAGCCGCGGUGGCCAGAGGUUAUCGCCUACGAAGCUAUCCCAUGGGAGACUGUCCUAUGGAAGCUGUCUCGCGAGAGUGGUUUUGUUUCUCAUCCCCAUAUAUGAGAUCGUAGAUUCGCACCCGCGGAAACGGAGGGUACACCCGAGCCCUAUAGUACAACCUCCUACCUACCUAGGUAGGUAUAUGAUAAUCUCUAACAAACCUCCUCUAGAAUAACCUCCUAUAAGACAACCUCCUUUAACUUCCUCUAGGACAAUCUCCAUAGGACAACCUCCUCUAAGAUAA